UUUUAUAAAUCGCCGCAAGGUGUCUCUAUGGAGAAAAUGGCGGCUUUAUCAAGUUUGGAUUUGACAGAUGAAAUAUUGGGAAAAAUCGAAGUAGUCGUCGAAAUACGUUCUAUGCUUGGAUCUUCCAAUAUUUCUCUACGAUUAACAGAGUGUAAGACGAAUGUAAAUAAGUUUUCUGUAACUAUUAAAAAGACCGAAAUCGUUUUUUUGAUACACAAUGAACAAAAGUAUUGUUUGAAUUUAAAAAUUGAAGAUUAUGAAUUCGUCCCGUCCUCCUGUUCGGGAUUAUCUGGUUUUAUUUCUAGUUCGGGACAUUUUCAAUCGUGUAUAUUAAAUAACGAACGUGAAAACUUUAAACCUAAGGGAAGUGGACUUGAAAUCACUUUCAAUAUCCAAGUUGGAAGGAAGAAAGAACCAUUUGUUUUCACAGAACUCAAUGAAGAACUCGUGGCUUUAAGUUCCCUUUCUUCUGAGAUAAACAACUUUGGUAAGAAAUUGAGAAGAAACGUGCCGUAUCAGUUGAGAUGUAAAACGUGUCUUCGACAGUUUUUCAAUUCUCCCAUCCUUUUCAAAAAUAUAUACGAGAUGCCUUCUGAUAAUUGGGAAGAGCUAUCGUCCGAUUGGUUUUGUCAUAAGAGAGGAAACGACUUAACUGCGUCCAUAAGGAAUUACCAACUAAAUUUGGAUGAUUUGAUUCUAGCUGAUUCGUAUUAUAAGUUAAAUGUUAAUAUAUUUUCUGGGAUAUUGUGUGAUGAGAAAACAAAAGAAAUAAGUUGCGAACGUUGUUAUUCUCGUAUUGGAAUGUUAGAUGAAAGGACAAAGCAUUCGAAGAUAAUUACAUUUUUUAAAGUGAAAGCUUUUUUUUCAGAAGUUUAUGAAAAUGAAAAUUGUCAUGAUGAUGAUAAUGAUAUUGAAUUAAUGAAAUAUUUUAUUAAAAAGCAUUCGAAUCUAACUUCGACUUGCAAAAUUUGUUUUGAUGUUGAGAGUAAAGAAUUUGAUGAUCAAAACAAUACUUCCUUAUUAAUAUGGGCAAUGGAUUGCAAGCUUAGUCGUUUUUAUACAUCGUUUUCUAUCUAUAGCUCUUCAAAGGAAAAUACUAUAGAUAUUUUAACCAAAAAUGUAAUUAGAAUAUUAUAUUUUAUAACAUCAAGAGAUUCUGUCGAAGCCUGGAAAUGGAGGCAAGACUUUUCUGUUGAAGUAGAGAAGAUUGAUCAAAAUAUUCUAUGGUUGUUUCUAAAGGAAUUAGUUGAAAGCACCAAGACUGUUCCACCUUCUCAAAGAUUUGUAGAUCAGUUGAUGUUGGGAUAUUUACAUGUUUAGAACAUUAAUAAUAAUGUUAUGUAAUCUGUUGAUAACUUGAACAAUUUGUAUGCCAUUUUUUCUCAGGAAUAUUUUAGUAAAUAUUUUUUUUUUAUAUA